CUUUAGUUUGCUGACUAAUUACAGGAGCGUAUACGAGCAGAAGAUGGCAGCGAGUGGACGUGUGCAUCUGCAAGUUCUUGGAACGUGUACUGGCGACACGUUCCCGUCCAUCAUGUUGUUCACGGACUCGAAGAGAUACGUUUUCAAUUGUGGUGAGGGAGUCCAGCGAUUCUGCAAUGAACACAGAAUGAGACUGACAAAAACUCGUCAUCUGUUUCUUACCAGAGCGACAUGGAAUAGGAUUGGAGGCAUACCAGGGUUAGGGCUCACCUUACGGGACAUAGGAUUAGGUUUUCAGAUUCACGGACCAGAAAGCAUAAUCGACUUUGUAGAUGCCAUGCAGCCAUUCCUGAUGUACAAGAAAGAUUUCCAGUUCUUAACUGAUCCGAUAUGGAGUGAUACAGUACAUGUAGAUCCAUGCCACGAUGAUGAAGAAAUGACAGUGUGGCCAGUUGUAGCAACUGGUCAUCUGGAACCAAGAGAUGAUGACGAUAGUAUAACAAGUUUGGAUGAGGAUUCAAACAGUGAAGAAUCAUCGACCGAAAGAGACGCGAAACGUCGCCGCAUCACAGCUAAAAGAUGGAAACCUUGGGACGUCACAGUAACCUACAUCUGUAAGCUGAAGCCAGUCCGAGGGAAGUUCCAUCCAGAAAAAGCUCGUGCUCUUGGUGUCAAAACUGCUGACUUCAAUAUUUUAGCCAGUGGUGAAACUCUAACGUUGGAGGACGGUCAAAAGAUUUACCCCGAAAAUUGUAUGGAUCCUCCAUCUCCUUGCCCCGUGUUUAUCAUCGUCGAGUGUCCGACUGAAGAGCAUCUGCUCGAGCUGAUGGACAGUGAGUUAUUGAAAAAGUAUAACACAACCGAUGCCGACGACCUAAAGUUAGUCGUUCAUUUGACACCACACGACAUCUUUUCAUUACCCUUAUAUCAACACUGGAUAUCAAAGUUUGACUCUGCACGACAUAUGAUAUUUAACUCAUCCGUGUGUCCACAACCCGUGUGCUAUCAACGCCAAGCUAAGCUCAUAGCUCAUUUUCAAGCCGUUGACGACAAGAUGUUUAUUCUACCAAAGCAGCAGUUGUUUACCCCCAUUCAGUUGCACGACAACUGCAUGCCUGCAGAGCCUCUGCUCAAGUUCAAUUUACGUCCGGAAAAAGCAGUCAGCUUUGAUCGCACUGCUUGUUUGAAUGAUAUCGAUUAUGAUGACAUCAAGAAUGUAACAAGAGAGAUACCCAAUGUAAAGCACAUGAUGAAUCAAGUAACAACUGAAGAUCACUUGGACUCGAGAUGCGAACGCGACGGAAUCGGAAUUGAUAUCGGCCCUGAUGCCGAGUUGGUUUUCUUGGGCACCGCAUCGAUGAUUCCGAGUAAGUAUCGUAAUGUGUCAGCGAUGCUGCUCCGAGUGAACAAAGAUACUUCGAUCUUACUGGACUGCGGUGAGGGCACGUUUGGACAGCUCUUUCGAUGUUAUGGUGUUCAGUUGGAUGAAAUACUGACGAGCAUCAAGUGCAUCUUUUUGUCUCAUUUUCAUCCGGAUCAUCACUUAGGAAUUAUUCAAGUGCUGCUGGAGAGAGAAAAGGCUUUCCAGAGACUGGGAGAGGCAUACAAGCCUGCUACAGUAUUGUGCCCUUGUUCCAUGAGAAAGUGGCUGAUUAAUUAUGCCAAAUAUUGCCAGCCAUUUCGAUUCAGACUAAUAAGCUGUGAAGAGACGAGCAAAGUCGACCAUGAGUGGACUGACGUGUUUCAAGCAUUUCUAGGAAUGAUUGAGCUUAGAUGCGUUCCUGUCAUUCACUGUUGUGGUGCAUAUGGAAUUACAAUGAGCCACAGGGAUGGCUGGAAGUUCGUUUACAGUGGCGACACACGACCGUGUCCUGCUCUCAUCAAAGCUGGCAUGAAUGCGACUGUGGUCGUGCACGAAGCAACGUUCAGCGACCAUCUACAAGAAAAUGCAAUAUCAUGUAACCAUAGUACUAUGUCGGAGGCCAUUCGGUGUGGGAUGGAUAUGAAAGCCCGUCACAUCAUUCUCACACACUUUAGCGCUCGCUAUCCCAAGAUGCCCGGCCUCAGUGACAUCUCCAGGAGUCACACUGCAUUUGCGUUUGACCUCAUGAGAAUACCUCUGAAUCAAAUCGACCAAGCCAUUCGACUCGUUCCCAUGAUAGAUCAAAUCGUCAAGGAAACGGACAGUGAGCAUGCAGCAUUGGAUUCGAAUCAGACGAUAAUGCUGUAAGCUUUGUGCCAACGGCCACUCAAAU